AUUUUUAAUUAAAUUUAAAUUAAGAUAAUUGUCACUUAUCUAUUGCUACCUAAAGUAAAGCAGUUAGUCGAUGGUGUAACUGAAGGAGUAUCAUUUGGCUUAAUUCAUAAAUGUGCCCGAGUGUCAUCAUCAAACAAGUGGACGUUAAUGUUGUGUUUAUGAGUCACGUCACAUAAUGGUGACAAUGAAGAUAAUGAAGUAAAAGAUCUGCUCUUAAAUAAGUACAAGUAUAACUACUGGUGCUGUAGUGCAAUCUGUGCUUUGUAUUCACUUGAAGUCGCUGCAUGUUAGCAUUAAACGUGGUCAAGUGCUGCGUGCGGGCGAUACAGAAGUGAAUUGAAGUGACCUGAGUAAGGGGCCUCCUGAACACUGAAGUGCUGUCGGAGGGGCGCCCUCUUCUUCAUCAUCUACGUCUUUAUCACGUCCACUCUGUUAGCAGACAAAGCUUUGUGUGCCAUCAGGAGGGCAGUGGCCACCGUAUCCUACAAGUAACACGUGGUGUGGUGGCACUGCGGUACAUCCGCUCCAUCUGUAGUCUAGGUCAUUACUAAAGACAUUCAUGCAGUAUUGACUGCCAGUACUACAGUAGGUGGAAUUGUGUCUGCCAUUUCAGAUUUCUUAUCUUUCUUCAUAAAACUGAUUUUUUAUUUGUAUCUUCACCUGUUAAUCUACAGCUGUCAUCAGAAUGUGUCUUGUUCUUUUAUAAAUGUUGGCUCUUUCCAUGUAAAGUUGCAGCCAUUAACCCUAAUGUCCUACUUUACGACUUUGUCAUUUGAGACAGACAUAUGUGAUCAUUUCCUCGUGACUCUGAUUCCUUGGGUUUUGAGAGCAGCAGCUCAGUGCUUGAAGUUUGCUCUUUGGUUGAAUUGUCGUGUAUCAGAUGCUUCAUAUCACCCCUCGCUCGACUAAUAUGUCAUUGAAAAGUAAUAAUGUCAGGCAAAGAGGAGAAAGAUGCUGACUAAACAGCAAUCUGGAUGCACUUCCACCACUGGAGAAGCUUAAGCUGAAGGAGUUUUUUCACAUGUAAUGUAUAGUUCUCUACUGUCUCAUAAAUAUUAAUAUAUUUUUCCAUGCUCAGGUUUCAGGUUCUAUGAAUGUCAAAUCCUGGAAAGCUGUCCUUUAGGAGCCUGCAGCUUUGGUUCUGAAGUCAGCAAUUAUCUUAUCGUGAAGGAACACAUGAACGGUACACAUGGCGCACAUUUGGAGAACACUCUCUUUUUUUGUCUUUUUAUUACCAGCAGUUCAUGUCCAAGCUAACGACUGCCCUCCUUUAACAGCCAUCAUUGGGGAAACGGUGCAGAUUCCCUGCUCUUUGAACACUGAAGUGUCCUUAAAGACAGAAGACAUUUCAGUUGAGUGGACAGCAAAUGAAAGUCUCAUGGUUUAUGCCUUUGUCAAAGGGAAGGAUAAACUGAUAAAUCAGGAACCCCAGUUCAAAGGCCGAACACAGCUCUUCACAUCUGAACUGUUACGUGGUAACUUCUCACUGAGGUUGUCAAACGUGUCAGUCCGUGAUGAUAAAGGGGAGUUUAAGUGCAUUUACAGCGGAGCUGGGGAUACAAACAGGACUGAUCUGUCUAAGCACUGCCUUCUAGUCACAGGCCAGAAUACAAGUAAUGAAGAAGUAGUCCUGGAGAUAGUGAUGUCAGUGCUGGGGACUGUGGUGCUUAUUGCACUGAUUAUAACAUUUGUGAAGAUUCAGAGAAACAAAAGGAACAAGGACACACAAGCUGUUGCAAGAGAAGACAAUGAUAUUCAAGUGCCACUGCAACAAAGCCCAGCAAUGUGUGUGUCAGAAACUCUUCUGGAACAGGCUAAAUCGUGUCACUCUGUGCUCAGACUGGAGUGUUUGAACUGAGGAUAUUAAAAGAGAAGCUGAUGUGCACACAGGAGAACCUGAAGCACUUUGGCGUGAGUUUGGACCAAUCUGAAGUCCCCCCAUGUAGCCAGAGGACGUUGCCUGGUCUACUCGUCUCCAUUCCAGACAGUUUCGUUUCCAUUCUGCAUGUUGUGUCUUUAGAAGUGCAUCUGAAAAAAAAUGUAAAAAAUAAGUUCAUGAACCGUCAACACCUUCACCUGCUUUAGCUGCAGAUGCAGUGCUGAACAAAAGAAUAGACUGCCAUCUCCAUUUCCACGAAAAUUGACAGCCUGUAAUGGAGUCUGGUGGAGUGCAGCAUUAGCAGAUCACUAACGUUCUACUGGAUAUUUCACACUGCCAAGAGAUGUUCGUCUUAAGAAUUCUCACAAAUAUUCAGCCAAAGACUAACAGUAAGCAAUGGAAGAUGGAAGGGCCAUCCAAUCUCAAGUGUGAAGUCCAACAAAAACUGUCUGAGAGACCAACACAAAUUACCUGCAGUCCUGGAAUGACGGCUUCGUCCCCUCAGUUGUGUCAUUUCUCUGCUGCCUCUUUUCCUGGCCUCAGCGAUGUCACUGUCGCUAAGCAACAGAGGAAGGAGGGGCUGGGGCGGAGCCUAAACAACAUCCCAACAGCAAGCACUCACUCAGAAAUUCAGAAACCAAAGAUACAAACGAGCAGAAUGGAAAUCCUGAGACAGACUGGGAAACGCCUGAGCGCGAUUUGGACAAAGGGUGAAAGUCUAUGAGUAACAAUAAUCAGGGAAGGGUGACGUCUUUAUUCUUGUGUUUGUGUUCAUAUUAUGUGGCUAUGGUGGGGCACUCAAGCAUUUAAACAAGCAUUUAAAUAAGCAUAUAAAUGUACUGAGCGGUUCUUUGAGUUUUAGAAAAUAGGAAGAUUUCUUCCAAGAAGAUUUAAUAAAAAAAAAUCAAUAUUCUCAAUAUUCUGACUUUAUAAGCUGACCUAGGAGCUCUCUAGAGGCCUCCUAGAGGUUUAAAGGCCGGGGUCUGUCAUAAGAGCUCCUCCUUACGUUCUCAGUUCUUGCCCAUGCAUGCCAGUCCUUCAGUGGCAUUCUUAAAUAUCAGACUCAGGGUCUCGUCUCUGGCUCAUUACUCCUGUCGCUGUGUGCGGACUCUUUACAUGUACUGAGGUCCUGUGUGUUGUGUGUGUGGCACCAGGAAGGCAGGGCCACCUGACACCACCAUUUGUGAGACCUCCCUCUGGCUAUCUAAGGCCCAGAGAACAGGACUUGAGGCGGAGGUGCGUUGCUGUUUCUGAAGUCUAUUGUGAAUUUUAUUAUUUUCAUUUGGAAUUUCUGGGGGGUUUUUUUUGCCUGCUUUCUGCUCCGGUCUUUGGAUAUUUCUGUUGGAUUGUGUAUGAGGACUUGGUUACCAAGGGUUUUGAACCCCUUAUGUCAUUUUUUUCUUUCUUUGUGAAUAAAUAUACUCAUUUAUAGAGA